AUGGGAGAAAGGAAAGGGCAAAACAAAUAUUAUCCACCUGAUUUUGAUUACAAAACUCAUAAAUCACUAUCUGGAUACCAUGGACAACAUGCCCUUCGAGAACGAGCGAGAAAGCUUGAUCAAGGAAUCCUUGUUAUUAGGUUUGAAAUGCCAUACAAUAUAUGGUGUGAGGGCUGUAACAAUCAUAUUGGUAUGGGUGUUAGGUACAAUGCAGAGAAAUCAAAGAUUGGUUCUUAUUAUACAACACCAAUUUUUAAGUUUAGGAUGAAAUGCCAUUUAUGUCCUAACCACAUUGAAAUAAAAACUGAUCCCAUGAAUCAUGAUUAUGUGAUCAUUUGUGGCGCACGUAGAAAGGAGCAAAGAUGGGACCCACAUGAGAACGAGCAAAUUGUGCCCGAAGACAAGGAUAACCAAAAGAAGUUAGCACUAGAUUCCAUGUACAAAUUGGAACAUGCUUCAUUUGAUCAAUCAAAAAGUAAAUCUGCAGUUCCAAGAAUAACACAGUUGUUGAAUCAUAAUGCAAGCCAUAAAGAUGAUUUUGCCUUGAAUCAGAUGGCCAGAAAAAUUUUUAGGGUAUAA